GUGUGGGGAGGGCCCAUGUGCUGCUAGCAGGGCUGGGCUCGUGUGUCAUCCCCAGGGGCGGGGAAGGGUGAGGUUUAAACGUGCUGCGGUCCCGGCAGGAAGCUGCGGCGAAGCAGCGGGACUGUGGGCACCGGCCGGGAGAACCCGUCCUGCGACCACCGCGGGCAGAGUUGUGACAGCUGUGGGAGCAGAGCAGCGGGAGGAUGGAGAGCAAGCCUGCAGUGAACGGCCAUGCUGCCCCUGGGUCUCCCCAGGAAGACACCCCAGGAGCAAACCACUGGUGCCAGGACGUGCUGGCUCGCAAGGAGAGCAAAAUGACGGGGAUGGAUGGUCCCAGCAAGGCCCCGGCAGCAGCUGGCAGCAUUGCUGGAGUGUAUGUGGAAGCUUCCAAGAAGAUGCUGAGUUUAUAUGAUGCCACCAGGGAGCACCUCCUGAGUCUGGACUCGGCGCUCUGCCUCCUCGAGGCCCAGGCAGCCACGGGCUUCCUGGCUGACCCGCUGAAGAGCAGGUGGGUGUCUGUGGCAGAAGCUGUGCAGACGGGGCUGGUGGGGCUGGAGCUGAAGGACAAGCUGCUCUCUGCAGAGAAAGCUGCUACCGGCUUUGUGGACCCCUACACGGAAGAGAAGAUUCCCCUGUUCCAGGCGAUGCAGAAGGACCUGGUGGGGAGGGACCAAGGCACCCGCCUGCUCCAGGCCCAGAUCGCAACCGGUGGCAUCAUUGACCCCAGCACCGGCUGCCGGCUCCCAGCAGAUGUGGCCUGUGAGAGGGGAUAUUUAGAUGAAGAGAUGAGCCAGCUCCUCUCUGAUCCAAGCAAUGAGGAUGGCAAGAGGUUCCUCAACCCCAGUACUAUGGAGAGGGUCACCUACACGGAGCUUAUCAAGCACUGUGUCGUCGAGCCAGGCUCAGGCUUCCUCCUCUUCCCCCUGCAGACGACGUUCCCAGGGCUGGGAGGGCGGGUGAGCAGCAGGGACCUGCUGGACUCAGGCAUCAUCAGCUCCGACACGUUCAGAGGUCUCGAGGAGGGAAGAGUCUCUGCCCAGGAGGUUGCAGAGAGUGACUCAGUUCAGCGGUUCCUGCGUGGGACAAGGACUGUGGCGGGCGUUGUCUUGCCUUCCGGUGAGCAGAAAAGCCUUUACCAGGCCCUGAGGGAGCAUCUCCUCAUGCCUGGCACUGCCCUGAUGCUCCUGCAAGUCCAGGCCUCCACCGGCAGCCUGACAGACCCCAUCAAGAACAAAAGCUACUCGGUUGAUGAGGCUGUUAGAGUUGGUCUCAUUGGCCCAGAGCUUCAUGAGAAACUGUCUUCAGCUGAGAAGAGCAUCAUAGGGUACAGGGACCCCUGCACUGGAGAAAUGCUCUCUCUGUUCCAAGCCAUCAGGAAGGGCUUUGUCCCCAGGGAUCAUGGCUUCUGCCUUCUGGAGGCUCAGAUAGCCACUGGUGGGAUAAUUGCUCCAGGAAAACACCUCCGUGUCCCCACGGAGACAGCCUGCAAGUGGGGGUACCUGGACGAGGCCACGAGACAGCUCCUCUCCACUCCUACCAGUGACAUGAAAGGGUUCUUGGACCCCAGCUCCAAGGAGAAGUUGACCUACACAGACCUGCUCAAGCGCUGUGUGACUGAUCCCAGCACUGGGCUCCUGCUGCUGCCUCUUGGAGGAGACAGCGGAGAGGGACUCAAGGGAACCCACCUCUUCUUUGACCACAAGACCCAGACAGCUCUGGAAAACACAUGGGUACCUGUUGCUUUGGGCAAAUUCAAGGGAAAGUCCAUGUCUCUCUGGAAACUUCUCUUCUCAGACUACAUCCAGAGCGAACAAAGAGCUGCUCUAUCCCAGCAGUACCUUGCAAGAACACUCUCCAUGCAAGAGCUGAGUAAGGCAGUCAGUGCCACCAUCGAGGAGAUGACUUCCCCUGCUAACGUCACCUUUGAAGGACUGAGGGACCGGGUGACAGCUGACCAGCUCCUGAGCUCUGAAAUCAUCAACAAAGAUUUGUUUAAGAAACUGAAGGAGGGAGAAACAUCGGCCAAAGAAGUUGUCAGCAUGGACACGGUCAAGAAGUACCUGCAAGGGACAGGUAGCAUUGGUGGACUGCUGCUUCCUGACUCCCAGGAGAAGAUCAGCAUCUACCAGGCAAAGCGGAAGGGACUUCUAAGGCCAGGAACGUCCCUGAUCCUCCUGGAGGCCCAGGCUGCCACUGGGUUUAUCAUUGAUCCAGCUGCCAACACAAGGUAUUCUGUGGAUGAGGCCUUGCGAGCAAGUGUCAUUGGUCCUGAUGUCUACGACAAGCUUCUGGCUGCAGAGAAAUCGGUCACUGGCUACAGAGAUCCUUACUCAGGGAACACCAUCUCCCUCUUCCAGGCCAUGCAGAAGGAGCUCAUCGUUAGGGAGCAUGGCAUCCGCCUGCUCGAGGCCCAGAUCGCCACCGGUGGCAUCAUCGACCCCGUCAACAGCCACCGCAUCCCCGUGGAGGUGGCCUACAAGCGUGGGUACUUUGACAAGAAGAUGAACUUGAUCCUCUCGGACCCCAGUGAUGACACCAAGGGCUUCUUCGACCCCAACACCCACGAGAACCUCACCUACCUGCAGCUGAAGGAGAAGUGCAUCACGGAGCCGUCCACUGGGCUCUGCCUCCUGCCCCUGAACAGCAGAAAGCGCCAGUUCGUGGAUGAAGCCACCAGACGGGUGUUCAAGAGCUCCUGGCUGCCGGUCAGGUUUGGGCGGUUGCGGGGAGAGAAGGUCUCCGUGUGGGACCUGCUGAACUCCGAGUACUUCAGCGAGGGCAAGCGCCGGGAGAUAUUCAACCACUACCAGCUGCGGAAGCUCACCCUGGAGCAAAUCCGAGCCAUGCUGGAGGAGGAAAUGAAAAGAUGGGCACCCAUCAAGUUCCCAGCUAUGAGGGGCAGCGUCAGCGCCUACCACCUGAUGGAGACCGGGGUCAUUGACAGGGCCCUGUUUGAGAGGGUGCUGGAGGGAGCUGUCACGCCAGAGGAAGUCCUGCACAUGGACUCUGUCAGAAAGUACCUCUACGGCUCUGGCAGCAUCGGGGGGAUUGUUCUCCAGCCAUCAAAUCAGAGGAUAAGCAUUUAUGAGGCCAUGAAGCAAAACAUCAUGCUACCUGGAAUGGCCCUCCCAUUGCUGGAGGCCCAGGCUGCCACAGGCUUCAUCAUCGACCCAAUCAACAACCAGAAGCUCUGUGUGGACGAUGCCGUCAAAAAGGGAGUCAUUGGACCAGAAGUCCAUGAGAAGCUUCAGCAUGCAGAAGGGGCUGUCACAGGCUAUAAGGAUCCUUUCACAGGCAAGAAGAUACCCCUCUUCCAGGCAAUGAAGAAGGGCCUGAUCGAGGACAAACAGGCCAUGCAGUUAAUGGAGGUGCAGAUGGCUACAGGAGGCAUCAUUGACCCAACUUGUGGCCACUAUAUCCCCAUAGACUCUGCCCAGAAGCGAGGGUGCCUGGAUGAGGACACGAGCAAGGCCCUUUCUAAGCCCAGUGAUGACAACAGAGCCUUCUGUGUCCCAGACAGCAAAGAGACUGUGAGCUAUGCAGAUCUGAUCAAGCGCUGCCAGAAGGACGAGGUCUCCGGCUUCCACUUGCUGCCUCUGGCACAGGCAGCUGCUCCUGCCCGCAGUGAUGAAGAAAUCCAGCGGAUCUUUGAGGAAACUGUGGUGAAGGAGAGAGGGGUCUCCCUGUGGGAACUAAUCCACUCUGGGUAUUUCACUGAGGAGCAGAGAAGGAGGGACUUCGUGGAGAGGUUCCGGUCUGAGGAAGUGUCACUGCAGGAGCUAGUUGCUCUUGUGCUCAGGUUGGUUGGGGAGAUGGAGAUGAAAGCCCGCACCCAGAUCACCUUGGAGGGCCUGCGGGGCAGCGUCCCUGCAGUGUGGCUGCUGGAUGUUGGCAUCAUUACGAAGAAGACAUUUGAAGAACUAGCCCAGGGCAUACGAACUCCUGAGGAGGUGGCUGCGAUGGAGAGCGUGAAGAGGUACUUGCGGGGCACAGGCAGCAUUGCUGGGGUAUUCAUAGAGGCAUCCAAAAAGAAGAUGAGCUUUUACGAUGCCAUGAAGAACCAUCUCCUCCUCCCUGGGGCUGCUCUGAGGCUGCUGGAAGCUCAGGCAGCCACAGGGUACCUGAGUGACCCAGCAACAAACCAGAGACUCAGCGUGAGGGAUGCAGUGAGAGCUGCUGUAGUGGGUGAAGAGCUCACUGAGAAGCUCCUCCUCGCUGAGCGGGCAGUGACUGGCUACACAGACCCCUACACCGGGAACUCCAUCUCCCUGUGCCAAGCGCUCAGGAAGGAGCUGAUUCCUCUGGGAGAGGCUGUUCCCUUGGUGGAGGCUCAGCUGGCCACCGGAGGGGUCAUUGAUCCCAUUCACCACCUCCACCUUCCACUCCAGGCCGCAUACAGGUACGGCUUCUACGACGAGGACCUCAACCAAACCCUGUCGCAGCUUGAUGACAGAACCAAAAUCUUCCUUGAUCCAAACACGAAGGAGAACGUGACCUACCAGCAGCUGAAGGACAGAUGCUUUCAGGAGCCUGAGUCAGGUCUCUGGCUCCUUCCCCUGUCCGAAAACGCGAUGUUCUGUGUGGAUGAGCAGACCAUGGAGGUGCUGAAAUCUGUGACUGUCUGUGUCAACAUAGGGCGCUUCAAAGGGCAGACAGUGUCAGUCUGGGACCUUCUCAACUCUGAAUACCUCUCAGACAGCAGGAGAAGAGAGCUGGUGCAAAGGUACAAAAACGAGAACACUGAAGUGCUGCAUGAAAUCAUAGCAAUUGUCACCACUAUCAUCAAAGAGACAGAGACACAAGGAAAGAAGUUUGCGUUCAAGGGCCUGCGGAAAAGAGUUUCUGCCAGUGACCUCUUCCAAUCCCAACUGAUAGACAAGAAAACCCUCGAUGAGCUCAACCAGGGGAAGAAAACAGUCAAAGAAGUCACUGAAAUGGACUCUGUCCGCAGGUACCUGGAGGGCAGCAAUUUCAUAGCAGGGGUGCUCAUACAGCCAAGCAAUGUGAAGAUGAGCAUCUACCAGGCCAUGAGGAAGGGCAUCCUGAGGCCAGGGACAGCGCUGGUGCUGCUGGAGGCACAGGCUGCCACUGGCUACAUCAUUGACCCAGAGAAGAACCAGAAGUUCUCAGUGGAGGAAGCAUUAGCUGCAGGUCUAAUUGGAGGGGAGGUUUUUGAAAAGCUGCUCUGUGCAGAGCGGGCCGUGACGGGCUACACCGAUCCCUACACAAAAGCCCCAAUGUCCCUGUUUGAAGCCAUGAACCAAGAACUGAUCGUGAAGAGCCAUGGCAUCCGCCUGCUCGAGGCCCAGAUCGCCACCGGUGGCAUCAUCGACCCCGUGCACAGCCACCGCAUCCCAGUUGAGGUGGCCUACCGGCGAGGGUACUUCAACCAGGAGAUGAACCAGAUCCUCUCGGACCCUGGCGAUGACACCAAGGGCUUCUUCGACCCCAACACCCACGAGAACCUCACCUACAUGCAGCUCCUGGAGAGAUGUGUCCAAGAUUCAGAGACUGGGCUGUACAUGCUGCAGGUUGUACAGGAGGGAGGAAGGUACUUCUACAUUGAUGAGUUUACAAAGCAGGAUUUGCGCUCAAAGCCUCUUAACAUCAAAGUUGGAAAGUUUAAGGACCAGACAGUUUCCAUCUGGGAAAUUCUCUGCUCUCAUUACAUCUCCGAGCUGAAAAGGAAAGAACUGGUGAUGCAGUACAAGUGCAAAACCCUAACACUGGAAGGCCUUACAGCCCUCCUCUUCAGAAUCAUUGAGGACACAGAGCAAAGAGCAGAAGCCCUCAAGGUGAAAGGACUCCGGGGGGAUGUGUCGAUAUCAGAAUUGUUUAACUCUGAGAUCAUUGACAAGAAAACUCUAGAGCAGCUCCAGGAUGGAAGUCUCACGCUUGCCAGCCUCACCAAGAGGGACACCAUCAAGAGGUACUUAGAGGGCACUGGAUGCAUUGCCGGGGUUCUACUCCCAUCAAGGAAAGAGAAGAUGAGCAUCUACCAGGCCCUAAAGAAGGGCCUUCUCACAGAGCAGUGUGCUCUGGGGCUGCUAGAGGCACAGGCUGCCACUGGGUUCCUCAUUGACCCACUGAAAAAUAAGAAGCUCUCUGUGGACGAGGCCAUCUCGUCAGGACUGGUGGGGAGCAACUUCCACAGGCAGCUCCUGUCUGCAGAGAAAGCCGUGACGGGAUACACAGAUCCUCAAACAGGAAAGAAAAUGUCCCUCUUUCAGGCCAUAAAGCAGAAGAUAACAGUCAAGGAGCACAGCAACCGCCUGCUUGAGGCCCAGAUUGCCACCGGCGGCAUCAUCGAUCCCGUGCACAGCCACCACCUGCCCUUGGAGGUGGCCUACCAGCGCGGACACUUGGAUGAUGACAUGUUCCUCAUGCUGUCUGAUCCUGACCAUGGCAGCAAAGGUUUUAUAGAUCCAAACACUCAUGAGAAGAUCAGUUACAGUCAGCUCCUGCAGAGAUGUUCCAAAGACAGAGAAACUGGCUGGUACCUGCUUCAGGUCAUGGAGAAGGAUGAUGACUAUUUCUACAUUGAUGAGCAAACAAAAACAGCCCUGUUGUCUACAAAGGUACAAGUGCCUGUUGGAAAAUACAAAGGACAGGUAUUAUCACUGUGGGAACUUCUCUGCUCUGAGUACAUCACAGAGGAGAAGAGAAAAGAACUGGUAAAAAAAUACAAAGAGGAAUCACAUCACAUUAUCCAAGGAAUCAUUGAAACAAUACUAAACAUCAUUAAAGAAAAAGAAGAAGGCAGAAGUGAUGUAUGGUUCCAAGGAAUCAGACAGCAGAUAACAGCAACAGAACUUCUCAGUGCACAGAUAAUUACAGAAGAAACGAUGGAAAAUCUCCACAAAGGAAGAGAGACGGCAGAAGAAAUAUCUCAGAUGGACAGCGUGAGAAAAUACCUCGAAGGCACUGGAAGCAUUGCUGGCAUCCUGGUGCCCUCCAAAGCUGAGCCCGGCAAGCUGGAGAAGAUGAGCAUCUACCAGGCCAUGUGGAAAGGCAUCCUGAGGCAGGGCACUGCCCUGGUGCUGCUGGAGGCGCAGGCUGCCACCGGCUUCAUCAUUGACCCAGUCACUAACAAGAAGCUCUCGGUGGAUGAAGCUGUCUCCUCGGGACUGGUGGGCAGCGAGCUCCAGAAGAAACUUCUAUCUGCAGAGAGAUCUGUGACGGGGUACACCGACCCCUGCACAGGACAAAAGAUCUCCCUCUUCCAGGCCAUGCAGAAGGAGCUCAUCGUCAAGGAGCACGGCGUCCGCCUGCUCGAGGCCCAGAUCGCCACCGGCGGAAUCAUCGACCCCGUGCACAGCCACCGCCUGCCCGUGGAGGUGGCCUACCAGCGCGGCUACUUCGACCAGGACAUGAACCAGAUCCUCUUGGACCCCAGCGACGACACGAAGGGCUUCUUCGACCCCAACACCCACGAGAACCUCACCUACAUGCAGCUCCUGCGCCGCUGCGUGCCCGACCCGGACACGGGGCUGCUGAUGCUGCAGCUGAUGGACAAGGGCUCCGUGCUCCACCAGCUGAGCGAGGAGGCCCGCCAAGCCCUGCAGGCUGCCCGCACCACGCUCAGCGUGGGGCUCUUCCAGGGCCAGAGCGUCAGCCUCUGGGAGCUCCUCUUCUCCCGCUACGUGCCCGAGCACCGGCGCCAGGACCUGCUGCGCCGCUACAAGGCGGGGACUGUCACCAUCUCGGAGAUGAGCGCCCUCCUCACCACCAUCAUCACUGAGGCUGAGCAGCGGGCGGCCCCGGCGCCGGUUCGCGCCCAGAACGGCGAGCCCGUGAGCUCCCGGCACGAGUGGGAGCAGGAGCGUGAGCGUGAGCAGGAGCUGGAGCGGUCCCUGCAGUCCCGCACCAUCGAGGUCCCGGCCAGCAGCUUCCGCGGCAGGAAGGUGUCCCUGUGGGAGCUCCUCUUCUCCAGGUACGUGAGCGAGGCCAAGAGGCAGGAGCUGCUGGGGCUGCUGCGGGCCGGGAGCCUGGCGCUGGACGAGCUGGCAGCGCUGCUGACGGCCCUGGUGCAGGAGGCGGUGGAGCGCAGCAGCGCGGUGAAGUUCACGGGCCUCAGGAGGCAGGUGACCGCCUCGGACCUGGCGGACUCGGGCAUCAUCGACAAGGACACGCUGGCCGACCUGGUACAGGGUGCCAAGACGGUGGCGGAGGUGACGGAAAUGGCCUCCGUCAAGCGCUACCUGGACGGCACGGGCUGCAUCGCCGGCGUGCUGGUGCCCUGCAAGGGCGAGCCCGGCAAGCUGGAGAAGAUGAGCAUCUACCAGGCCAUGUGGAAGGGCAUCCUGAGGCAGGGCACGGCCCUGGUGCUGCUGGAGGCGCAGGCUGCCACCGGCUUCCUGGUGGACCCGCUGGCCAACAGGAAGCUCUCGGUGGACGAGGCUGUCUCCUCGGGGCUGGUGGGCAGCGAGCUGCACGAGAAGCUGCUGUCGGCCGAGCGCGCCGUGACGGGCUACACCGACCCCUACACCGGGGAGCAGAUCUCCCUCUUCCAGGCCAUGCAGAAGGAGCUCAUCGUCAAGGAGCACGGCAUCCGCCUGCUCGAGGCCCAGAUCGCCACGGGCGGCAUCGUCGACCCCGUGCACAGCCACCGCCUGCCCGUGGAGGUGGCCUACCAGCGCGGCUACUUCGACCAGGACAUGAACCAGAUCCUCUCGGACCCCAGCGACGACACGAAGGGCUUCUUUGACCCCAACACCCACGAGAACCUCACCUACAUGCAGCUCCUGCGCCGCUGCGUGCCCGACCCGGACACGGGGCUGCUGAUGCUGCAGCUGAUGGACAAGGGCUCCGUGCUCCACCAGCUGAGCGAGGAGGCCCGCCAAGCCCUGCAGGCUGCCUGCACCAUGCUCAGCGUGGGGCUCUUCCAGGGCCAGAGCGUCAGCCUCUGGGAGCUCCUCUUCUCCCGCUACGUGCCCGAGCACCGGCGCCAGGACCUGCUGCGCCGCUACAAGGCAGGGACUGUCACCAUCUUGGAGAUGAGCGCCCUCCUCACCACCAUCAUCACUGAGGCUGAGCAGCGGGCGGCCCCGGCGCCGGUUCGCGCCCAGAACGGCGAGCCCGUGAGCUCCCGGCACGAGUGGGAGCAGGAGCGUGAGCGUGAGCAGGAGCUGGAGCGGUCCCUGCAGUCCCGCACCAUCGAGGUCCCGGCCAGCAGCUUCCGCGGCAGGAAGGUGUCCCUGUGGGAGCUCCUCUUCUCCAGGUAUGUGAGCGAGGCCAAGAGGCAGGAGCUGCUGGGGCUGCUGCGGGCCGGGAGCCUGGUGCUGGACGAGCUGGCAGCGCUGCUGACGGCCCUGGUGCAGGAGGCGGUGGAGCGCAGCAGCGCGGUGAAGUUCACGGGCCUCAGGAGGCAGGUGACCGCCUCGGACCUGGCGGACUCGGGCAUCAUCGACAAGGACACGCUGGCCGACCUGGUACAGGGCGCCAAGACGGUGGCGGAGGUGACGGAAAUGGCCUCCGUCAAGCGCUACCUGGACGGCACGGGCUGCAUCGCCGGCGUGCUGGUGCCCUGCAAGGGCGAGCCCGGCAAGCUGGAGAAGAUGAGCAUCUACCAGGCCAUGUGGAAGGGCAUCCUGAGGCAGGGCACGGCCCUGGUGCUGCUGGAGGCGCAGGCUGCCACCGGCUUCCUGGUGGACCCGCUGGCCAACAGGAAGCUCUCGGUGGACGAGGCUGUCUCCUCGGGGCUGGUGGGCAGCGAGCUGCACGAGAAGCUGCUGUCGGCCGAGCGCGCCGUGACGGGCUACACCGACCCCUACACCGGGGAGCAGAUCUCCCUCUUCCAGGCCAUGCAGAAGGAGCUCAUCGUCAAGGAGCACGGCAUCCGCCUGCUCGAGGCCCAGAUCGCCACGGGCGGCAUCGUCGACCCCGUGCACAGCCACCGCCUGCCCGUGGAGGUGGCCUACCAGCGCGGCUACUUCGACCAGGACAUGAACCAGAUCCUCUCGGACCCCAGUGACGACACGAAGGGCUUCUUCGACCCCAACACCCACGAGAACCUCACCUACAUGCAGCUCCUGCGCCGCUGUGUGCCCGACCCGGACACGGGGCUUUAUUUUCUCAGUAUUUCUAAAAUGGAGCUGCUGAGGGAAACCUCCAGGAAGCUGCGAAACCAAAGGACAAGCCAGUUCCCUGGCCAGGGCGGCAGAACAGUUGGAGCCAUGGUAGACCCCCCGCACUCUGGCUUAUCUUCCACCCCACCCCGGGCCAGUGACCUGAAGCACCAGUACAAGUCCUGCCCAUCCCUGUUUCCCUGGAACCACAUGUCAGGGGCUGUCUCAGCCAAGGACACCCCCAGCUCCCGCAGGGGAGGUCGAGGCGCUGCCCGGGCUGUAGAUCCCAAAGCUCCCGUGUCUCGGUUCCAGGAUUCCAGGGAAGCUGCAGGACCAGCUGAAGGGCAGACGGAACAAGCCAGGUCCAUGGAGGGCUCCGUGGCAGACGAACCACAGGCAGGGUGCUCCACAAGCAGUUGUGCUGAGCAGCUGCCAGAAGAAGGUGAUGGCAGAGUCCAGGAGCUCACCAUGCAUCUGCUCUCUCCACAGCCGUCUCUGUUCCAGGCUCCACAGCAGGAGGAGGAAGAAGAGGAGGAGGAGGAGGAGUACCAGAGCCUGCUGGGGAUUCAGCUGCCCUGGAUACAUGUCCAGCAGCAGUACUGUUCCCCAGAGACAACGCAGAAGAUGAGUGGAUCCUCUCAGAACAAUAAGUCAACUGACAUGGGAAGUAACCUGGUUGAGGAUGAACACAAAGAGAUGGGUGUUGGUGGGAGUAACUUCAUAGCUGGAGUCUUCCUCCAGGCCAUGAGUAAGAAGAUGAGUAUCUAUGAUGCCAUGAUAAGGGGGUUGCUGACGCCUGGCACAGCCCUGGUGCUGCUGGAGGCACAGGCUGCUUCAGGGCUCCUCACCGACCCUGUGAGGAACCAGAAGCUGUCUGUGGAAGAGGCGCUGACGGCGGGACUCAUCGGCAGAGACUUCUAUGAGAAGCUGCUAUCAGCCGAGGGAGCUGUCACAGGCUACACAGAGCCAUACACAGGCCACCACAUCUCCCUCUUCCAGGCCAUGAAGAAAGAGUUCAUUGUGAAGGAGCAUGCUGUCCGCCUGCUCGAGGCCCAGAUAGCCACCGGCGGCAUUAUUGACCCCGUGCACAGUGACCGCAUCCCGGUGGAAGUGGCCCACAAGCGCGGGUACUUCGACGAGGAGAUGUGCCGGUUCCUUUCUAACCCCAAGAACCAGAUAAGAAGUUGCUUUGACCCCAACACCCACGAGAACCUCACCUACAUGCAGCUCCUGCGCUGCUGUGUGCCCGACCCGGACACGGGGCUGCCGAUGCUCCACGUGAUGAACAAGGGCUCUGUGGUCCAUCAGCUCAGCAAGGAUGCUCGGAAAGCCCUGCAGGCCACCCGCACCACGCUCAGCGUGGGGCUCUUCCAGGGCCAGAGCGUCAGCCUCUGGGAGCUCCUUUUCUCCCGCUACGUGUCCGAGCACCAGAGAGAGGAGCUCCUGAGGAAGUACAAGGCAGGGACUGUCACCAUCCCGGAGAUGAGCACCCUCCUCACCACCAUCAUCACUGGGGCAGGAAUGAAAAAUGGGCAUUUGAGCUCAUCCACAGUUACAGCCAACACCAAGGUGGGAGCAUCACACCCAUCACGACCAGUUCAGGACAUGCACUCCCAAGAGCAACAGUUGAGAAAGUCCCUGAAGUCUGCAACCAUCUAUGUCACUGCUGGUGAAUUCCAGGGGCAAAAGGUUUCCUUGCUGGAUCUGCUCUUUUCCAGACACAUCCCCCAAGGGAGGCGGCAGGAGCUGCUGGAGCUGUACAGAGCAGGGAUACUGACCACAGAACAAGUGGCCACGGUGGUCACCACCAUCAUAAACAGAACUGCAGCUGCAAAUGCCGCACUCAGGGCCAGUGCCAGAGGUCCGCACAGGGCAGUGACAAAAGCGGAGGAGGAUGGAGGUGAUUCUUCAACACAAUAUGCACGACUAGAUAACACCUUGAAGUCCACCACCAUUGAAGUGCUAGCUGGCGACUCGCAGGGGAGGCGGGUGUCUGUGUGGGACCUGCUUUUCUCUGACUACAUCCCUGAGGAGAAAACGCAGGAACUGCUGGAGCUGUACCAUGAAAGGCUGUUAACUCUGGAGCAGAUGAUAACUGUUGUCACCACUGUCAUUAAGAAAAAGGAAUCUACAGGCAGGAAAUUCCAUGUUGCAGUCAAGGCGUCCAACAAGGACACCAUGACAGCAGCAAGAGAGAAGGAUGGUGACUCCACCAAAGAAGAACCAUGGGAAACAGCCUUGAAAACCACAGUGGUUGACUUGGAUGUUGGAGAGUACCGGGGCCACAAGGUCUCAGUGUGGGACCUGCUGCACUCCAAGUAUAUCCCUGAGGAGAACAGGAAGGAGCUCCUGGAGCUGUACCAGGCCGGGGAGUUAACCCUUGAUCAGGUGAAAACCGUGGAGGACAGAGCCUGGGAAGAGACCCUGAGGACCACCACAGUUGAGGUGUCAGAGGAUGAUUUCGAGGGGGGGCAGGUCUCAGUGUGGGACCUGCUCUUCUCCGACUGCAUCCCCAAGGAGAAAAGGCAGGAGCUGCUGGAGCUGUACCGUGCCGGGACAUUGCCCUUGGAGCAGUUAAUAGCUGUUGUCACCACGCUUGUCAAGAAAAAGGAAUCUACAGGCAGGAAAUUCCAUGUUGCAGUCAAGGUGUCCAACAAGGACACCGUGACAGCAGCAGGAGAGAAGGAUGGUGACUCCACCAAAGAAGAACCAUGGGAAACAGCCUUGAAAACCACAGUGGUUGACUUGGAUGUUGGAGAGUACCGGGGCCACAAGGUUUCAGUGUGGGACCUGCUGCACUCCAAGUAUAUCCCUGAGGAGAAUAGGAAGGAGCUCCUGGAGCUGUACCAGGCCGGGGAGUUAACCCUUGAUCAGGUGAAGACCGUGGUGAGCACUAUUGUGUCAAAGGCAGAAGCAGCAAGGGCAAAGGAGAGCAGCUCCAGGGCAGAGUCGACGGCUGCAGGAGCAGAGCACACUGAGCUGCAGGAGGACAGGGCCUGGGAAGAGACCCUGAGGACCACCACAGUUGAGGUGUCAGAGGAUGAUUUCGAGGGGGGGCAGGUCUCAGUGUGGGACCUGCUCUUCUCCGACUGCAUCCCCAAGGAGAAAAGGCAGGAGCUGCUGGAGCUGUACCGUGCCGGGACAUUGCCCUUGGAGCAGUUAAUAGCUGUUGUCACCACGCUUGUCAAGAAAAAGGAAUCUACAGGCAGGAAAUUCCAUGUUGCAGUCAAGGCGUCCAACAAGGACACCGUGACAGCAGCAGGAGGGAAGGAUGGUGACUCCACCAAAGAAGAACCAUGGGAAACAGCCUUGAAAACCACAGUGGUUGACUUGGAUGUUGGAGAGUACCGGGGCCACAAGGUCUCAGUGUGGGACCUGCUCUUCUCCGGCUGCAUCCCUGAGGAGAAAAGGCAGCAGCUGCUGGAGCUGUACCGUGCCGGGACAGUCACCAUUCAGGACCUGCUGAGCACCGCCAGCAGCGUGGUGACAGACAGCAAGGGAAGCCAUCUCAUAACCCUUCCCCAGCAGACAGUGGACCUCCUGCAGUCUGAGGGCUCCUACAUCACCUGUGGGCCCCUCCAGGAGCAGAGGGUUUCUGUGUGGGACCUCCUCUCCACCAAGCAAGUCUCCGAGUACAAGCGCGAGGCACAUCUGGACAGUUACGGCACAGGCGGGCUGACAGUGAACAAGAUCACCAUCACCACCACCGUCAUCACAGGCCCUCAGCGCCAGGCGAGGCACCGCCAGGACCCCUGA